GAAGAAUCCAGUGCAGGAUGCUGUCGAGACAGAAGAUGGAUACCUGUGAAGAAGAAAUGGAUAUAGAGCAUCCGUUUCUUAUGCUAAGCACAUCUGCCAGCAAGAUGUCAACAAAAAAGAUUAUGGAGGAGGCUGGACUUCACAGGAAACAUACAACUAAUUCACCUCUGCUGCAGGGAUUCAGAAGCUACCUGGAGAAAAAGUAUGCCAAGUCUGGAAUCAAACAUGAGGUCGACAAUGUAUCAAGAUGGUUGCAUUUUGUGAACCCAAACGAACCUUCCACUAGCUGCAUCCAUAACAUUGAGAGGAGCAUGGAGUUCUUUAGGGUGAUCGGAGCUUCAGCAGCCAGCCGAGCAACUGCAAGAAAUUACAUGAGCGGUGUAAAAAAAUUUAUUGCUUAUGUCACCUCAGAGGAUCAGCUGUUGGAAGAGGAUCCAUCUCUGCGUGGGUCAAUUCAAAAAUUUUUAAAAAGCAUGACAGAGGCCCAGAAAUCCAUUUGCAGAGGUGCCAGUAAGGAAAACUCUGUUGGAAGAAGGUGCACAAAUCCAAGAGAGUGCCAAGAAGUGCUAAAACUGGCAAACCACUAUUUUGCUGAGCUUAUUGAUCGGGCCAAUGCCAGAAAUGAAUUAGAAGAGAGGGAUAUGACGUCCGUGCACAAAUAAACAUUUUCAAAA